AUGUCUUCUGGCGUUGAUGAGGCUUCGGCCUCGACCUCUUCUGGUCGCAAUCCCGCCACCUCUUCCGUUUUCACCCCACAGCAACAACAUCCAGACGCCGCUGCUUCCUCGACGGCUGAUCAGACGUCCAGCUCGAUUCAGUUCCGCAACGGUAUCACCAGCCCGGGCAGCCCAGGUUCGGACGGUGACUCGACCAUCAACAGCGCCGCCUUUGCACCCAGCAUUCUCGCUUCUCGCCUCGGCCGCAGCAUCUACUCUUCUGCAGGUGCUGCCGGUUCCUCGCUCAGUCUUGCCGGCUCUGGCUUCAACUCGCCCGCACUCGCUUUGACCGGCUUCAAUGCCAUCUCGACCGUUUUGAACAACCCGGCCAAACGUCAGCAUCCGAUCGAUCCAAAGUCAUCGCGCUUUCCCCCCGUCACGCCAAAUCAUGUCCCCGCAGAGAUCCCGAAGGUCAAAAAGGCCGAGCUCGACCCUUACCUCUCCUCCGUUCGCCCAGAAUGGGACCGCUUCAUGCGCAACCAAGGCAUGGGAAGGCAGGGCAAGGCCACCAUCGAGCAGCAGCAACAACAACAACUGCAACUGCAGCACUCAUCCGCUUACGACAGCUCGCAGGACUCGGAACCGCUGGUCAAGCAAAACUCACGGCAUCGCUCCACCGCAAGCAUGGCCUCGCUUUCCGCCGAUCUCCAAGCUGUGCCACCACCACCACAGCCACGCAAGCGACUUCCCAACCUUAGUGCUGUGCCACAGGUCUUCUUCUCCGAAGACUUUGACCUUGGGAAUCCAUACACGUUUGAUCAAGUCACUGAACGCUACAAGGUCGCCGCUACCUCGCCCAGCGAGCAGAAUGGCAGCAUGGCUCCCACCUACGACAUUGCGUUGAACCAGAUGCUUCAAGAAAAGCUCAGCUACUACUCGGAUGUCAUCGAGCAGCACCUCAUCAUCGAGAUCGGCCAGCAGUCCUCGUCCUUCUUUGCAGCUCUUGAAAAUCUCAACGAUCUGAAUGCAGAGGCCGAAAGCUGCCUCCGGAAGAUCAAUCAUCUCAAAUCCGAGCUCGACAGCAUCGAUCAAAAUCAAGCAAAGAAGGGCUUGCAAGUGAUUCAACAGCAGCACCAGCGACGUCAGCUCGAACGCAAACAGACCGUGGUGGAGGACGUGCGCCAGGUAGUAGAGCGCCGCGACCUUGUACGUUUGCUCUUGCAGCAGGGUGAGACCGAAGAAGCUCUCGACUUGCUCAACAAGCUCAGGUCCGCGCUACGUCGAAGCGACAGCAAACAGGACCAAACCCAAAAUGGUGUAUUAGCGAAACCGAGUGUGGUGAAUGGCGCGGCCACGGCAGACGCUCAGAUCGUCCUGUCCGACUUGCAGUGUCUAGCCGACAUUCCUUCGCAGCUCGACGAAAUGGAGCACACUCUGUCCGGAAUGCUCGAGCAAGACCUAAUUGCGAUACUUCGACAAGAUAUCGACGCGCGCCUGGAAGCCUAUCGAAAGGACGGAGCUUCUUCCACAGCCGACGACAGCAGUUACUUUAGCAAAGUGGCUGAUCAACCUCCCGGCCAGCAGACGAUGCUCACACCAAGUGUGGUAGCUGGCGAAUCGACUCUGACCCCGUCCAAACCACCACCAUCGCCAUUCGGUCAUUCUUCUCGCGCGCUCUCACCAUCCGACUCUGAAAUGGCCUCUCGCAUAGCUCCGCUCGUGAUUGGGCUUGCAAAGACCGGAGGGAUCGAGAAGGCCAUCAUGGCCUACCGCGAAGUGGCCAUUCAGGCUGUUCGCGAGACGUGGAGGACCACGCUUUCACAGUCAAGCGCGGAGAUGGCCGAGACUGUCAACUGGCUCCUCACUGAGGAUCUGGCCAAUUUCGACGACCAUGACAGUCUACCACCGCCUGCUGCCCGCAUCCGGGACCUCGAUCAUGCUUCUUUCCUCAACACGGCCCGAGAGCUCUUCGACACGCUGAUGGAAUCUCUAAAGACGAUCGACGCCCACUGCAGGCUCGUGCCUCGCAUCUUGCACGCUUCGGCUGCAAAUGGUACGUCUGCAGAAAAUACUGCAGGUGAACGCAGCCAUGCGACGGAUGCCACAACGCCGGGCAUCGUGGUUUCCACAGAGCUCCCGUUGCCCCCGGUCAUGCCGCCCGGCGUUCCAACAAAUCUCCCGGCCAAGUUGUCCGAGGUGGUGGCCGCUUCUGCCGAACAGGCACACAGCCUUUCCGCGCGACUUCUCUCUCUCCGCGCGACAACACACGCGGCUCUCGAACUGCCUCCCUUCCUCGUCGUUUUCCAGCUCUGCUGGGGCUUUGUCUUGUCGUCUGAGCAGCUCUGUCGGAAGAUGGUUGUUGGAUUGCGCGGCACCAUUCUGGGCCAAGCCAAGGGCUUUUUGGCCAACUUCCAUCGUCGGCGCAUCGAGCGAGCAGCCAAGGCCGUGGAAGAAGAGACGUGGGCGCAAGCAGACGUCGGCAUCCAGAUCCAGGCUCAGAUCCGACAGAUUGUCAGUAGUGCCGUCGAGGACCCUGCCGACUUUGUCGUCUCUGGCGGCGAUGGCCAGCUCGGACAGGACAGCAGUGAGCAAGCAAAAGCGAAAGCCGACACGGAGACCGACCAAGACGCAGCAUCUGCGUCGACCAAAACUCUGGACAUCGAGGACCGCCAGUACUUUGUCGUCGAUGCCAGUCUGGACGUGCUUGCAUUGCUAGUCGACUAUCUCAAGGUCAUCAUCAACUUGCCAUUGCUCACCACCGAGGCCAUGGCCAGGGUCGUCGAGUUCCUCAAGCAGUUUAAUUCACGCACAUGCCAGGUUGUGCUAGGCGCUGGAGCCAUGCGAUCGGCCGGCCUCAAGAACAUUACUGCCAAGCACUUGGCGCUUGCCUCCCAGUCCCUAUCAAUUAUCAUCUCGCUCAUUCCGUACAUCCGCGAGACGGUGCGUCGUCAUCUUUCGCCCAAGCAAGCCGUCAUGCUCACCGAGUUCGACAAGCUGCGUCGCGAUUUCCAAGAGCAUCAGUACGAGAUCCACGCCAAGCUCGUCGCUAUCAUGUCGGAUCGCCUCACCGUCCACUGCCGCACCUUGAGCGCCAUUGACUGGAAUGCGGCGGCUGUCGAUUCGCAAGGAGGGGACGAUGGCAAAGACGCCGAGCCUAACAAGUAUGCUGCAGAUCUGGUCAAAGAGACGGCUACGCUGCACAAGGUUCUCAGCAAGUAUCUCCAACCGGUCGUUGUGGAGCACGUGAUUGGACAGGUGCUGCGUGCAAUAGACAGUCGCCUCGCCCAGGAGUUCGAAAAGGUUCCCGUUCAGAAUCAACAGGCGCUGGAUCGCAUGCAGACCGACGUCCGUUAUCUUGGUACUAAGCUGUCGGUCUUGAAGCAUGUCGAGUGGAAGGACGAGGCUAUGCAGCAAAUGCUGGCGACCAAACGCCUUGCACAGCCGCCCACAGUUAACGUAACGGCGUCCGCUGGCUCUUCGACUCCCAACAGCGAAGUCGCGCCAGGCUCGCCCGCCCUGGAUAAGCCCGCUAACUCGCCGUUUGGACCCGUGACGUAUAAGCCACGCAUUCCAAACAUCUUUGCCCGUCGUCAGCAGCAACAACAGCAAAGCCAGCUCGGCAGCCCCCGCGCUUCCACAGAUGUGACCGGUACUUCGACACCGAUCGAAUCGACGCCGCGCACAAGCUUGCAGAUGCAACGCCAACAGUCACAGCUCGCAACUGCAACCACGGCUGCUGCUCAAGAUAGCGCUUCAAGUGCUCCGACCGAGGAGACCCAACAGGCUGCUCUGACGACUGUUGAGUCCUCCACCAACGCGCAAACAUUAGGCGCCCAAAGCAUCCAAGAGGAAGUCGACAAUGUACCGCCCACUCCGCCCUCAAAGGCGCAGGAGAGAAGGCCCUCAAUCACUGUCAAAGCUGAUGAGGCAGAUGCAAGGGAGUCGGAAGAUCUGAUUGCUCCCGUUGUACCUGCCCCGGAUGCGGUUGCGAGGGUGCUGGCGGAUGGAGGCCGAGCUUCGUCAGAUCUCGCCGCUGCGCCUUUGACCGAGGCUGAGGUCGUGCCGGUCGCGGAGAAUGUUCUUGAGACGGACCGCGAUGUUGAUAGCGCCUCUGCCGACCAGCAGCAACAAGCGUACGCCAACAAAGGCGCUCCUCCAACCGACCCAACCAGCCAGGAUGUGGUAGAAGCCGUACAAGAGACAUCUACCGAGGCACCGAAGCAGGAUGCUGCUCCCAUCUUGAAUGUGGACACAUCAGCAGUCGAUGCGCCUGUUUCCGCCGAGCCGAAAGAGACACAUGGGCCCUCUACUCCGAAGAAGGACGUGCGUCCGAUAUCCGCGGCACAUCAACCAGCUGCGCACACAGGGGCUGCGGGCGAAUCAUCUCCGGCACGAAGCGGUGCGUCUACACCGGCAACAACGACGCCUACCGGCACGCCAGCGAAGCCAGGCAGGAUGUCCCUCAAGGAGCGACUCGCGGAGGCAGCGAGAAAAAGGGCACAGCAGUCGAACCCGAUGGCUCGACUCAGUAGUCAAGCUGAAACUCAGCCGACGGGCACGACGGCGGCCAGUGCCUCCGCACCCCCUUCGGAGACUGUCGCGGUCGAAGCGGCGCCAACUACUACUGAAAAGACAGCAGAGAUGGCAAAGGGGGAUCAAGAUGCGCUGAACGCUAAGCCUGCUGAGAAGAAGCCCCAGACUCCAAGCACUGAGUCCGCUCCCGUCUCAUCCGAGGGUGCCGCCGCGCAGAGCGCAGAAGACAUCGCAGAAGUUUCUGCGGACCCAGCCGAUGGAAAGGAAGAAAUCGAGAAGAAUGGACUGCUUUCAGAGCAUUCGGUGCCGCAUGAAGAGGCGCUCGGAACAGAAGUAGCGAAGGAUCAAAAGAAGCCGGACCAUGUCUCGUCCGGCCCCGCCACGGUCGAGGCAGGUGGAACUGCUUCCACCACACCUUCGGAGGGAGCAGGCUUAGAAGAUGCCAAGCAACCUGAUGCAGUCGAGACAACCUCUACCAGCGCGGAAGAAACUGUUGCCAAGAUCGAGCAGGAUUCUCAUAUCACUACUCCAGCUGACCAGCGACUUGGCGAGGCUGAGGGUAAAGGUGAGCAAACGCCCCCGACUGCAAAUGGUACCCAGGCGACUGUGACAGCUGCAGAGGAAUCCGCAACCGCAGCAGACACACGAGACGAUCAGGACGAGGAGGGCGAUGGCGAUGGCGAUGGCGAGGAUGCGGGAGCCGAUGCGGACCCGAACGAGGGGACGAACGACUCAGCCAUCGGAGGCAGUGGCGCUGGAACGGGCAGCAAGAAGAACAAGAAGAAGAAGAAGAAGGGCAAGAAAAAGUAG